AUACACUUUAGCUACACGGGAUCAAAGCGAGAGGAAUAAGGAAAGAAAAAAAACGCCGACAGCGUCAUUCUCAUUUAAUUACUUUCAUUUAUUUAUUUAUGAUCACAAUCAUCGUCGCCAUAAUCGGAUCUCAUUCCAGUGGUCACGUGCCACGCACACCCCCUGUUUUUAUUGAGUGGUGGUGUCGUUUGGAAUCGUUUUGGAGUGAGUAUAAAUAGGAGAAUAUGAAAGAUGGGAUGGGAUUGGGAACGAAGGUGUCGUUUGGUGUGAUCGGAGUGAGUUUUGUGAUAUUGGUUGCGGUGAAGAUGUCGGAGUUGUUGAAUAAGGCGAAGAACUAUGUGAACGAUAAAGUGGCCAACAUGCCGAAGCCCGAGGCCAGUGUGGCUGACGUGGAUUUCAUGCGCGUCGGGAAGGAUGGCGUCGAGUACCUUGCCAAGGUUAAUGUUUCCAAUCCCUAUUCUACCCCUCUUCCCAUUUGUGAGAUCAAGUACUCUCUCAAGAGUGAUGGCAGAGAGAUAGCAUCAGGUGUAAUACCAGACCCUGGUUCAUUGAAGGCAAAUGGGACAACAUUGCUUGAUGUCCCAGUUAAGGUUGCUCACAGCAUAUUAGUGAACUUGAUUAGGGACAUUGGUAGAGACUGGGACAUUGAUUACCAAUUGGACCUUGGCUUAGUUAUUGAUAUUCCUUGUGUUGGUAACAUCACCAUUCCUGUUUCUCAGAAGGGAGAGAUUAAGCUUCCAACCCUCAAGGACAUGUUUACUGGUGGCUCUAAGAAUACUGAUCCUGCUCCUGCUCCUGCUACUACCUAAUAACCUACCCUUUAAUUAUUGUUAUUAUUAAAAUUAGAAUAAGCAAAGAAGAAACCAAAUAUAGUCUCCUUUAUAUUAUACAUCAUAUUUUCUGUUUAUAUCAAUUUCAAUAAGGUGAAAACUCAGGUGAAGUCGACUUCACGUGAAGUUGAUAUCUGAGAGCUAUUAGAUGAAAAUUUAGUCAAAUCAAUUAAAUCAUCUAACGACUCUCAGGUAUCAACUUAACGUAAAAUCGACUGCACCUGAGUUUCCACCUUUCAAUAAUUCUGUAUUUUUCUUUCUACACUUUGUUGGUUGUAUAAGAAAUGUUGUAGUUCAUAAACUAUAUAUAUGUAUGGUUAUUUAGUAUUUCAAAGCAUAAAUUUGAAAUUGAAACCAAGUGUGUUUGCUAGGAAGCUUGGUUUAUGUCAA